GUGCAGGCCGCCGUCCUGCAGCUGCAACCUCAGCAGGUACACGCAGCUGUGGUCCACUUCGCCGGUCGGGGUGCCGCCAACUUCGAUGUCCUGCUUGGGCGGUUGCUGACCUCGCUAGAAGAGGCCUCGGUCAAGGCAGGCUCAAGCGCUUACAAGUACUUGUGCAACGAGACAACAAGACAAGAAGGGCAAGAGCGACAGAGAGGGAGAGAGGGAGCGACAGACUCGUGCAGACGGGCGCGGGUACUUCCAGCGACAACUACGAAAACGGUUUAG